AUGGAGAACAUAAGAAUACCAUUGUUUUAUGAGAUUGGUGUAAGAAAAUUUCGGAAAUCAUUCGCUUGUCGUGUGGUUUCGUCGCAAAGCCCCGCCCAACCCGGGGACGGAGACGCGGGCAAGUGGUUUACUCCAGGCGAGGUAGCGGACAUGACGAGACGGGAUCUGCAAAAAUGGUGCAAGAAACUAGGUAUUCGUGCAAACACCAAGACCACUCAAAUGCGAACUGAACUUUUAGACUUUCAUGAAAAUGUUUUGAUGAAUUCAGACAUUUUGAGAUAUCCAUUUCUUCCGAUGCAAAAUUCAAUUUCAUACCCUGGGCCUGUGCAAAAUGCCCAUACUAUUAACAAUAUGACAUAUGGAAGGCAAGAUAAAUUGCUUUUUCAUAACAAUUGGAGUGUUAACACGUCAACAGACCAGGGUCUCGGAAAAGUGCGGUACUUCAAAAACACAUGUUCUGUUGACGAGGGUUUAUACGAGGAUGUGGGAUUUUGUUCCAAUGGGUUGGAAGCUAACAGUACCUCACCGGGAAAUCACCUUCCAAGUGUUAGCAAAAUUCUGCGAAGCACGGCUCCAAAGAGCAAACUUUUUGCGAUUUAUCACUGGACUAAAAAACAAAAAGAACUGUUGGGGGAGGACGUUUUCCAACACAAAAUGAAUGAAAUUAGAAAGAAAGGUAUAGAAUUUCAUCGUUUUGUUCAUCAAUGUUUGGCAGACAGACAGUUGAACUGUGAAGUCCCUGAAAAGCUACAGGGGUAUUUAGUAAGCACAAGGAAGGUUUUUGACAAAUUGGGUGAUGCCAUUGCGAGCGAGAAGAGUGUUUGUCACACAUACCUCCGCUAUCAAGGCAAGCUUGAUACAUUAGCAUGUUACCGUGGCAACCCUUGCAUCAUUGAGUGGAAGACAUCACAGAGACAAAAGCUGAGUUUAGCCGACUGUGGUGAAUAUCCAGUGCAAAUGGUGGCCUAUGCUGGCGCAAUCAAUGGUGACCCAGCAAGCACGAUUCGUAUCCGGCAUGGCCUCCUUGUCAUUGCUUAUGAAGAUGGUUCACCUGCCGAUGUGCAUUUCCUGGAUUUUAAGCAAUGUAGAAGUUUUUGGCAGGACUGGCUUGUGAGAUUACACAAAUUCAAAAAUCAAUAG